AAACUUUGCUGCUGGAUGUAACUUCUUGUGCUGGUGGUUCUGUCAUCACGAUUAUCGUCGAGUCCGUCUCCAACGAAAUGAAAUCAGCCCCGACUCUACAGACCGCUUCAAGACAUUUAAACAGUCCGUAAACGAAAACAAACCCUCACUUUAUUUAUUUUACGAUGGGAAGCUGGAAGAACCACGUGCGUGCCCGGCUCCAGCAGAGAGACUUGAGAGAGAAACAUCCAUUUGUUGGAGUUUUCACAAGCUUGUCACAGUUAGAGGAAAUGUUUGAAAUUCGCAAACAGAUUGUGGAUGAUCAGGGCAAGAGUGUGGAACCAGCUGACUGUGGGAAAAAUACCAGACUUCUUCAAAUCCAGCUGCGAGAAAGUGAACACUUGGCAGACAAGUUGUCUCAAACCGUCUCAGACCUGACUACCAUCCUGUAUCUGAAAGAGGCUGAACUACAGUACUGGCAGUCACGUGUGUCCCAAUACCGUCAAGAGGCACUUACUCUGGCUAAAGGGAGUAACAACCUGAAGGCAACCCUCUCUGAAUUUGAGUUCACAAUAGAGAGUCAGUCCAAAGAGCUGGGAGCCCUGCGCUCGGAGCAGGAAAGACUGAAGGAAACACUGGCACAGGCUCAGCGAGACAAAGAGCGACUGUUGCAGCGAUGGAUCGACGACAAGAGGGAGGAAGCAGGCAGGCUGAAUAAAUACAAUGACAUACAGGAAAGAUGGCAACAUUUGGCCAAACAGCUGAAGAAGAACCUCCAGAGGCAGAAGGGGAGAGAGUGUGUUCCCAAAGCAGAACGCUCUGUGAAUUGUGAAUCGCUAAAAGACCGGGUGUGCGUGAAGGACACUGGGACGAGUGUCCAUGCAGGGUCGUAGGGACAGCAGAGCUUCUUCACUGUGGGUCUGUCUAUUCUGAAAGGCUUGUGUUGAUUAAAAAAAUAAAGUAAACCAGCUGGCACUUCAAAUUUGAU